AGCAGAGGGGGAUCUUCAACCACAACAGAGCAUUUGAUUAUGUUUCUGCAGGCUGCCCACCAGGACGAGGAGUGUGUCUUUGUUUGUUGGUGUAACAUUUGCGACUCCUCCCUGCUCCGUCUCCAAUAAAACGGCGGUGGUCAGAGCAGCUCAGCGGGGUUUGCUGACUUCCACCCGAGGGGACUUUAUCGUCAGCCCGGGCAAGACCGCCACGCCGCCUCCACUACAUCAGCGCUGGUCUCUGCAAACCGCCCUAAGCAACAAACUAAACAUGGCACCUUUUGAGAAAUCCAUGGAGAUGAUGCCCUUCAAGCAGAGAAAAUGCCUCGAAACAAGAAAAGAUGAAGUAUGCAGCAUUCGGUCCAAAUUCCCCAACAAAUUACCUGUGAUUGUUGAACGUUACAUCCAAGAAAAGACUCUCCCCCUGUUGGACAAAACAAAGUUCCUGGUUCCCUUCGAACUCACCUUGGGUCAGUUCCUCUGCCUGCUCAGGAAUAAGAUUGACCUGGAGUCCACCCAGGCUCUGUUCCUCCUGGUCGCAGAGAAGAGCAUGUCCUGCAUGUCCUCCAGCAUGGGGGAGGUUUAUUCCCACCACAGCGACACUGACGGCUUCCUCUACAUCACCUACGCCUCGCAGGAUGUGUUCGGAGCACCUCAACCAGCAGCCAGGCUGCCCUGCUGAGCCUGAAGCACAUGUAAUGAACUGAACCGAUGUUGGUGACACCACACAACCAAACUGGGGGAAAAGAGCCAAGCUGAGACUGCUUUGUCCAGUGUUUUAGCCCCAAACUGCAUAUCAGCCUACCUCAUGAAACACACAAAAUCACUCUUUCUUUUAAUGCUCUGCCACGUCAGCUAGUCAAAACUGUACUGAAGACUCACACUGAUGUCUUGUUUCAGACAUUUGAUUUGAUUGUCAAGUCAAUGCAGUUGUGAUCAAUCCCUGCUGCUACAGACAGAUGUUUUUUUGUCUGUUUUUAGUCUUCACCGGUCAAAAAUGUUCAUAUUUGACCUUCAGUUACCUCCAGAGCUUCAAUGCAAACAAACGUGUUGUCACAUUGCUGUAAUGCCAGUUCAAUGUAAAAGCACCACCUACUCUUCUCUACUCUAACGGGGUCAAUGUCUUGCUGCUAAUCAGACUCCUUUUUUAGCACUUAUCUCCCUCUUCCUCCUCUUCUUUCUUUG